AUGUCUCCAUUGAACCUGAACACGGUCCUGAAACCGCCGCAUGUUACAUUCGACUCACAUGGGCCGUACCACCGAGGAUCGAUACGCUCAGUGUUCGACUACCUGGGCGGCGGGGAGAUCGACUCUGUCUUCAAUCAGAAACACCACCACCGGCAACCGCACUCGGUGUUUGAGGAGGGCGUGGUCUUCCCCAACUUCACCGUCAGGGAGACCGCCGAAGCGUACUUUUUGGAGGGCGAUUUCCCAGGCAUUCACAACCCAAAUGACAUCAAGAUCGAGAGACUGGGCUCGCAGGGCCUCCUGGUUGAAGCCCAGGCGCCGGCACUCGGCCUGUAUGGUGAAUGGGGCAACGCCUUCGGCCUCCGGCCGAGCAAGGAGACGCAAGUGGAAAGAGGCGCCAGCGAGAGCACCACCGUCACUGCUGAGGGUGGUGGUGAGUCCGGUGGCGCGAAACCCAAACCCAUCGAAAUGAGAACCCGCAGCCCCGGCCACGAGCACGAGCGCGCCGAAGCCGGUGCCGCGGCCGAAGGCGAAAAGCUCCGCAGUUCCGGCGGCGACAAUGAAGGCAGCAAAAGCACCACCGUCGAGCGGAGACCGCACAAGCUGCACCGCAGGGGCUCCUCGUCCGCCGACGACGAAGAUGGGGCGGCGCCGACGACGCUACUACAGGAGCGGCACGUGGGCCGGUUCCUGCGCUCCUUCACCUUCCCGCAGACGGUGGACUUGGACCACAUGAAGGCGCGGCUCAAGGACGGGGUGCUACGGAUCGCGCUGCCCAAGACGUCUGUCAGAGAGAGACGGUCCAGCUUCAAGAUUGAAUAUGGCGGAUAA